AUGCGACUGCCUUUGAGUCUGCUAUUAGUAGCUGUCUUCUCUUCGAUCAUUGCCGCUGCUUUUCAAGGCCAGUCCAAUGUGGUGCUCGUCGUUUUUGAAGAUCAGGUCAUGCUAAAAACACACUCCCGAUUUGUUGAUUCUCUCAAAGCGAUCGGGAAAACUGUCGAGGUGAAACAAGCAAACUCUGAAUCAUUUGAUCUAAGGGCAGAUGGCGAGUACGUCUAUGAUUCCAUCGUCCUUCUCUGCCCAACGGCCACAAAAAUGGAGAGAAAGCUGUCUUUGGAUUCACUUGUUCGCUUCGUCGAUGCUGGCCAUAAUUUAUUUGUCGCUGCUGGGCACGGGUAUUCAGAUUACACCUCAAAGGUCGCCUCCAGUAUCGGAGUGGAUCUUGAUUACAAACGGAACAAAAUGACGGAUCAUCAACAGCCGUUUCAAUCGCUCGACGAUGGCAGCCAUACCAUCAUCCGCGCGGGUGGCCUAGUUCAAUCCAAGUACCUUUUCGGUGAUGAAAAUAUCAAAGCGAGUGAUAUUGUGUUCUCCGGCCCUGGUGCCACGCUUUUCACUGACAAUGAACUCAUUGAUAAAGUGAUGUGGGGAUCUGGCUCAUGCUAUUCUACUGACGAUUCGCGAAGGCCGCUAUCGAAGAUUCCUCGAGUGGCUGGCGCUGCUUCUGUCCUUGCCGCUGCCCUGUCGACGAGGACUGAAUCACGAGCGUCCUAUUUUGGGAGCAUUGAUACGCUUUCCAACGACGCCUUCGAUAAAGCCGGCAAGAAACAUGAGAAGGCACUGACUUCGUUCUUAGCGUGGACGGUUGGACAUGCUGGCGUUCUCCGAACGAGAAAUUUGGUCCAUUCGAGUAUCGAUGAUAGCGGCAGUCUAGCGAACGAAUUCCGGGUGAAGGAUACAAUCAAGUUUUCCAUUGAUGUGCAAGAGUGGGAUGGGGGAAAAGGUGUUUGGAGUCCGUAUGUUGCUGACGAUAUGCAGGUGGAGUUUGUCAUGUUGGACCCAUGGGUGAGAGAGCGGCUGCACUAUUCUGGAAAUGAAAACGGGACGUAUACAGCGACGAUUCCCGUUCCAGACCAGAUCGGUGUGUACAAGUUCAAUAUUCAGUACUUCCGGCCGGGUUUGUCGCCGAUUGUGCUCAUGAAGGUGGUGCCGGUGCGACCAUACUUGCACAACGAGUAUGAAAGGUUCAUCGGGAUGGCCUCGCCAUACUACGCGUCGUCGUUCUCAAUGUUGAUAGGUGUGUUCUUACUGGGAUUGGUUAUCCUGUACGGGAACAAGGGUGAAGAUGGAGAACACGCCAAAGCUGACUGAUACCGGCAGCUUGCAUUUUGGUGAAGCAACUUAAAAUUCUGACUUGGGGAGAAAUGAGGAAUGUAAAGGAAUGUGGAUCCUCGAAAAAGUGUACGCCUCUUGUAAGCGAAAAAAAUGUGUGCUAUGGAUUCUGUUGGGAACCUGCAAGAUAACAUCAAUAGGUUUAUCGUAAGUUGCACCACAGGCGCAGGGGUUUGACAGCGUGAUGGUUGGCAAAGUAACGUGGGGUUAGAACCUUCGCCUCUUGGCAACAGGGAACGUUGCCGACGUACUCUUGUCUGAGAUCUCGCGGCUGCGCCUUGAUAUGUUUUUGAAUUUUACAUGCUAUGAGCUGCAGGCUCAGUUGAGUAAUUACCAGCGAUUUCUUUGUGCAAAGCGAAAAGGUCGGGGAUGAACGCGACUAGUCGAGAUGAUUGAUGAGUAGGAUCCUGCAAGUAAUAUAAAGUAUCCGCAGGUUUCCAGCGUGCCACGGACGUGCCCUUGCCAUGACGUGCGUUGUUGACGUCCGCAGCGCGCGCUCUGUGCAUUUCGCAAAGCGAUAGCUACAGAGGCGGUGCCACACAAUUACCCUCCGCAAAUCCCCUCUCGCGGUAUGAUAAGCGUAUUUGCCGCGCUUCCACCUUCUGCGUCUCUCCGAGGACGCAAUCUAUGAGAUAUUUCCACGCCAUUUACCACCUCGCUACAGUUGUGGUCCAGCGAUGCUACAGACUGUACCAUCCUGCCCUCCCAGCACUGUUUGGAGACACUGUUUGGAGACAAAUAUUUGCUCUCCCGAAAAGUCGCCCUCUCUCCCGAAAAUCCACCACUCGUUUUGCAGCAUGCACAGAUAUGCAUCCACUCUGAUCCGCCCUCAAUCUCCCUCCACCAGCCUGCACGCACGCCCACUCCAUGCCUUCACCAAUAAGUACAUAAAUAACAACACCCUGUUCCACUCACCACUCCAGACGCUCUACGCGUCCUAAGAGCCCCAAAAACACCACCACCCGCCCGUCCCCACCCAAACAUCAAUAAUCGACAACCUCUCCCACUACCUGUUGCUGCCCCAAGACCCUCUAUCCCCUAUGCCGCGUGGUUUAGAACCGCUCAUCGGGCGCCGUCGUCCACCCGCCCUGGUACCGCGCCGCCCACCGUCUCGUCUGCCGCCCGGACGGUUUCCCGCCGCUGCCAAACUGGCUUUGGAAAGCACGCUUGCCCUGUCGGGGCUGCUGGUGCUCGCCGUCUGGGUGACGAGUAAAGUCGUCACAGAAGCCCGGAAGAGACAGGCGCGUGUGGCCCCCGUGGGAAGAAGACUGGCUAAAAGGUUUGAAGACGGCUUGAUCGCUUUCGAGAGCUUCAGUAUGUAAGAUAGUGAAUAGAGUUCUUUUUCGUCUCUCUGUGAAGUGCAAAACGUAAAACGUGUGCCCGCUAAUUUCUUAA